UUUCGGAACAGCAGACCAAUUUGACACGUACUUGAUUCGUGCCGUUCGUGUUUCAUGUGCCGAAACUGUUGAAAAUAGUCUUAUAGUAUAUUUCCCACAUUUUUAAUAGUCAGGUAUGGAAACGUUAGUCAGUGCAUCGGAAAUUAGGAAUUAGCGAUUUAAGUUCAAUUUUGGUGAUGCCACUCGAACACGCUUACCUGUAACAUUAGACAGACCUCGAGGAACGAAUUUUGAACAAAUAAGAAAAAUGAGUACCGUGGCCGAACAGCCGUGUUACACCAUUAUCAAUAUAGCAUCGGAUACCGAACCGUUGAAUGAACUGCAAUUGAAGCAUGAUCUAGAAAAAGGAGAUGUUCAGACAAAAGUCGAUGCACUGAAGAAGACGAUACAUAUGAUUCUCAGUGGUGAAAGGCUCCCCGGACUUCUAAUGACUAUUAUCAGAUUCGUCCUGCCUUUGCAGGAUCAUACGAUUAAGAAACUUCUGCUGAUAUUUUGGGAAAUUGUUCCUAAGACAUCACCGGAUGGCAAGCUGCUCCAAGAAAUGAUUUUGGUAUGUGACGCUUAUAGGAAAGAUCUACAACAUCCAAAUGAGUUCGUUAGGGGAUCUACUCUUAGGUUUUUGUGUAAGUUGAAAGAACCGGAGCUUCUCGAACCCCUAAUGCCACCAAUAACUACAUGUCUUGAGCAUCGACAUUCGUAUGUUCGCCGUAAUGCAAUCUUGGCCAUUUUCACAAUUUAUCGGAAUUUUGAGUUCUUGAUACCCGAUGCUCCAGAGCUGAUCGCCAAAUAUCUAGAAGGAGAACAAGAUAUGUCCUGUAGGAGAAAUGCAUUUUUAAUGUUACUGCAUGCCGAUCAAAGCAGAGCAUUGGCUUACUUAGCUGCGUGUUUGGAUCAAGUGCCCAGUUUUGGAGAUAUACUGCAACUGGUUAUAGUCGAAUUGAUCUAUAAGGUGUGUCUUGCCAAUUCAUCCGAAAGAGCAAGAUUUAUCCGUUGCAUUUACAGUCUAUUAAAUUCACCCAGUGCAGCAGUUCGUUACGAAGCAGCUGGCACUUUAGUGACUUUAUCCAGUGCUCCGACAGCGAUAAAAGCUGCUGCAUCGUGUUACAUUGAGUUAGUUGUCAAGGAAAGUGACAACAAUGUCAAAUUGAUAGUCCUUGAUCGUCUCAUAGCCAUGAAGGAUAGCCCUGCCCAUGAAAGAGUCCUUCAGGACCUUGUCAUGGAUAUCCUUCGAGUAUUAGGUUCUCCAGCUCUGGAAGUCAGGACGAAGGCGUUAGCUCUUGCGAUGGAUUUGGUAACAACGCGUACCAUAGAAGAAAUGGUACAGUUGUUGAAGAAAGAAGUAUUGAGAACUGCCGGUGGCGAACACGAAGAUGCUGGCAGAUACAGACAACUCCUUGUGAGAACUCUUCAUGCAUGCUCUAUCAAAUUCCCUGAUGUCGCAGCAACUGUCAUUCCUGUCUUAACCGACUUCCUUUCUGAGAAUAACGAGGCUGCUGCCACAGAUGUAUUAGUAUUCGUUCGCGAAGCCAUUCAACGAUUCGAACCCCUAAGACCGCUAAUCGUAGAAAAAUUACUGGAGGUGUUUCCUCAAAUUCGCUCCGUCAAGGUCCACAGGGCGGCUCUGUGGAUUCUAGGUGAAUAUGCAACUUCGAAGGACGACAUCGAAGCAGUAAUGAGUCGUAUAAGAGCUGCUUUAGGAGAAUUGCCACUUAUCGAUGCUGAAAAUAAACGACAAGCUGGUGAAAAGCAGCCUGAAGAUGGGACCGCCCAAAUUGCACCGGCACAGCUAGUUACCUCCGAUGGAACGUAUGCGACUCAGAGUGCCUUCAGCACAGCAACUGCGGGGAAGAAAGAUGAGAAACGUCCUCUGUUGGUGCAGUACAUGAUGGAUGGAGAUUUCUUCAUCGGCGCAUCAUUAGCCACUACUCUGGCGAAACUUGCUCUCCGUUACAAAACUCUUGAGAAGGAUGCUAAGAAGAGCAACAGACUGCAAGCUGAAACUAUGCUUGUCAUGUCUAGCGUUCUUCAACUGGGUCGAUCUGGACUGCCUUCAAAGGCAAUGACUCAUGAUGAUGCCGAAAGGGUAUCUCUAUGUUUGAGAGCUUUGGCAUGUCCUACACCGCUUGUGCAAAGCGUCUUCACCGAAGGUUGUCGCGAGGCCCUUGGCAGGAUGCUGACUGCGAAAGCUGAGGAAGAUUCGCAGAAACAAAAGGCUAAGGAAAAGCCUGGCAGUAUCGUGCAAGUGGACGACGCGAUACAAUUUUUGCAACUGAACCGCAGUUCCGAUUUAACCGGAGGUGCUGGAGACGUCUUCGAGCAAAGUCUCAGUGCUGCCGUGGUUGGCAGACCUGGAGCCGGAGGAGACGUUCCAGCUCCAAACGCUCUGAGCAAAGUUACCCAAUUGACCGGAUUCUCGGACCCUGUUUACGCCGAAGCCUUGGUUCACGUCAAUCAGUACGACAUUGUUCUUGACGUCUUGAUUGUCAAUCAAACGGAAGAUACCUUGCAAAACUGCACCUUGGAACUCGCCACCAUGGGUGAUCUAAAACUGGUGGAAAGACCCCAGCCGAUUGUUCUUGCUCCUAGGGACUUUGCUAGUAUCAAGGCCAACGUGAAGGUUGCCUCCACCGAAAAUGGCAUUAUUUUUGGGAAUAUUGUGUACGACAUUUCUGGAGCAGGCUCUGACAGAAGCGUUGUCGUUUUGAAUGACAUUCACAUCGAUAUCAUGGAUUACAUCGUACCGGCGACAUGCACCGAUGCUGAGUUUCGACAAAUGUGGGCCGAGUUCGAGUGGGAGAACAAAGUGUCCGUUAAUACCACGCUUUCGGAUUUGAGAGAAUAUCUUGCCCACUUGUUGAAGUCUACCAACAUGCGCUGUCUCACGCCAGAAAAAGCUCUGUCUGGACAAUGCGGAUUUAUGGCGGCGAACAUGUACGCGAAGUCCAUUUUCGGCGAGGAUGCUUUGGCCAACUUGUCUAUAGAAAAACCGAUGAACAAGUCGGACGCUCCCGUGGUCGGGCACAUCAGAAUCAGAGCCAAAAGCCAAGGAAUGGCUCUGUCUCUCGGAGAUAAAAUCAACUCCACGCAAAAAGGGCCUCAGAGCAAAGUUGUUCAAGCUGCUUAAUAUACGUUCUUCGCUAACAAGGACCACCCUGUAUUUUAGAUCACUCGAGACUCGGAUUGAGUCGACCGCGAUUAGGGCGAUAAUUUUUUUAUAAGUGUCGUCCGGAAACGAUAACGAGACUCUUUGGUCUUCACGUCCAUUCAUGUUAUUCACGAGAGAGUUGGAUCAAGAUCCAACACAUUCUACCGCGUUAAGACGCGAUAUUUUUACGGACUCGUAUGAGUAUGUACACAACGGGCGCAUAUAUGCGGAAUGACCUAUGUACCGCUAGAUGAAGGAAUAAAAAUAUAUAUGUACCA